UAUCGUCAAGUAACGUCAUUCAGUGUAUUAAUAAUUUUUACAGUGGAUUUAUUAUAUUUAUAAUAAAUAAAUUAUCUUUAUAAGAUACUUUUGUUAUUACUUUGGUUUAUAUAAUUAUUUUUGUAAUUUACUUCUAACUACCGCUGACGUCUCGUCUUGGUAAUCAUUGGUGAGUGAAAAAAUUUAACAGGGAUAGGAAUAAGGAAACAGUGAGAUGAGGGUUGAUGUUGAUGAAUAUUCAUAAAACGUAAUUUUGCGUUAAAAAUAUAAAAUAGAAGUUUUUUAAAUCACGUGCCUCCAGACACUAGUUAGAGAAAGAGAGCACGAGUUAGAGACAAGACUCUUGAAACUAAGUAGAGAUAAUUCAAUUAAAAAAUGACGGAACUGAAACAAUUUACAAGAGCCGAAAUAACUGAGGCAGACCGAAAAUUAACGAGGGUAAUAAUCCACGAUAAAGUUUACGAUGUCACCCCGUUCCUGAACGAACACCCGGGAGGAGAAGAAGUUCUUCUUGACCACAAAAGUGUCGACGCAUCUGAGGACUUUGAUGACGUCGGGCACUCGGCAGAUGCCCAAGAAUUGAUGAAGAAAUAUAUGAUUGGCGAAAUAGUCGUUUCAGAACGGACGAAUAGUGCGCCAAAAAAAGGAUGGACUACUGGACAAAACAAAACAAAUCAACAAAAAGUCGAAGGCCCACCGAUUCUCUUUUACAUGAUCGUCGGCGGGUUCCUGUCUUUUUUAAUUGCCGCUUGGUAUUUCAAACUCGGUGCUUGAAUUAAUUACUCUUAUCACUUUUCCUUC